UCGGGCUGGCUUCUCCAUUAUGGUCGGCUGUGCGCGCGCACAUCACACGAGUCGUGGCUUCUCCGAGGGCACUCAAACGCCUCCCUCUCCGUGUGUUACUUUAACGGCCCCUGACGGAGCAGCGGGUCGGUGACGGUGUGACACGAGCUGAGCAGCUGUGCCGCGGGACGGUUCAUCUCCACUGGCGACCAGCUUUCUUCUCCUCUUUUAAAUCUUCACAAAACACCAGUCUUCAUCUUCUUCUUCAUCCUCUUCCUCUUCCUCCUCUUCACCAAGAUGACCGUGACUCAAGACCGGCCGAUGACCUACUCCAAAAUGACACGGCUUGUGUCGUUUUUCUCAGCUCUGCUCAAGGGGAAGAAAGUUGGCUUCAGUGACUUCUUACACAAACUCGUUUCCAGUCAACAACUCUGCCAACACUUGGACGCACAGAAAAUCCUGCGGCGACAGAGCAGGCUGAGAAAAGAGACGGAGAAGAAAAGCCCCGUGAGCUCGGUGAACACAGAAACCUCUCAGAUGAAGCCGUCAGACUUUGACUACCUCAAAGUUAUCGGAAGAGGAAGCUUUGGAAAGGUUCUGCUCGCAAGACAUAGAAAACAGGGAGGCUACUACGCUGUGAAAGUGCUGCAGAAACAGAUGGUCGUCAAGAGGAAGGAGCAGAGGCACGUGAUGGUUGAGAGGAGUGUGCUGCUGAAGGGACUACAACAUCCAUUCCUAGUGGGACUCAACUUCUCUUUCCAGACACCAAAUAUGCUCUACUUCGUUCUGGACUACGUCAAUGGAGGGGAGCUUUUUUACUACCUCCAGAGAGAGGGGUCAUUUGCUGAACCCAGAUCUGCUUUCUACACUGCAGAGAUGGCCAUGGCGGUGGGCUACCUCCACUCUCUUGACAUCGUUUACAGAGACCUCAAACCAGAGAACAUCCUGCUGGACAGCGGGGGCCAUGUGAUGCUGACUGACUUUGGCUUGUGUAAAGAAGGUGUGGCCCUAGGUGGGACUAUGCAUACGUUCUGUGGGACUCCAGAGUACCUCGCUCCAGAGGUGCUACAAGGCCAUCCGUAUAGUCCAGCAGUGGACUGGUGGGGACUCGGCACUGUGCUUUUUGAGAUGCUCUAUGGACUGCCUCCAUUUUACAGCCGCAACAUGGCAGAGAUGUUUGAGAAUAAACUUAAUGCUCCCCUGCAGCUGGGUAGUGGGGUGACUCCUGCUGCACGCUCACUGUUGGAGGGCUUGCUGGAGAGGGACGUCUCCAAACGCUUAGGGGCGAGCAGUGACCUUGUGGAACUACAGGAACAUCCCUUCUUUGCUUCCAUCGACUGGGAUGACCUCCUGGCCAGGAAAGUGACACCCCCGUUCAUCCCAAAUGUGACUGGUCCCUGUGAUAUUAGCCACAUCGACCCCGAGUUCACGCUACAACCGGUCCCUUCCUCUGUGAAUGAGCGCUGCCCGGCAAGCCCGGGCAGCGAGGCCUUCCCAGGAUUCUCCUACAUAAACCCAGUGGAGUACAUGACAUCACAGCUGGUUUCAUAACUGCACCCAAACCCUCUGGGAGUAUGUUUGUUCAAAUAUUUAUUUUUUAUAUCAUAAAUUAUUAAAUCAAGGCUAUUUUUAAAGACUUGAGCAGAAGAUUCUAAGAUACCAGAACUGCAACACACCGAUAGUUUUUACUGGUUACACUCAAACGAAAUUACAUAUUUGAAUAUUUUAUUGCUUUUAUUUUAAGUAUCAGUAUUGGUUCAUUAUGUGAAAUAGGCCGGUCACUAUUUCUUAAGUCCUUGCAACUUAAAUGUAUAAGAGGAAUAAAAUAAUAAAUAUAGAGGAGUGUCA